GUCUGUUCCGACGUUGCGACCAGGGUGCUGAGGUGACUAGAAUUGAGGCUUGCAGGUGGCUCGGCGCUGUGCUCGCCGCAGCGCAUUGGCGUGAGGGACUCCGGGGUCCUGGGCGGGUACCAUGGCGUCUCGGGCAGGCCCGCGAGCCGCCGGCACCGACGGCAGUGACUUUCAGCACCGGGAGCGCGUCGCCAUGCACUACCAGAUGAGUGUGACCCUGAAGUAUGAAAUCAAGAAGCUGAUCUACGUGCAUCUGGUCAUAUGGCUGCUGCUGGUUGCCAAGAUGAGUGUGGGGCACCUCAGGCUCUUGCCGCACGACCAGGUGGCCAUGCCCUAUCAAUGGGAGUACCCGUAUUUGCUGAGCAUCGUACCUGCUCUUUUGGGACUUCUCUCCUUCCCACGCAACAACAUCAGCUACCUGGUGCUCUCCAUGAUCAGCAUGGGGCUCUUUUCCAUCGCCCCCCUCAUCUAUGGAAGCAUGGAGAUGUUCCCUGCUGCCCAGCAGCUCUUCCGCCAUGGCAAGGCCUACCGCUUCCUCUUCGGUUUUUCUGCUGUCUCUGUCAUGUACCUGGUGCUGGUGCUGGCAGUCCAAGUGCAUGCCUGGCAACUGUACUAUAGCAAGAAGCUCCUAGACUCUUGGUUCACCAGCACACAGGAGAAGAAGCGUAAAUGAGGCCCUGCCUGCUUGCUGGACUGCUCUUGGGAUGAAGCCUGGGCCUCCCACUGAGCAGAAUGAGACAGCUGUUCAGAAAUUUCUGGCCUCUGCCCAGUGAUGGUGGCAGCUAGUGCAGACUAGGUCUGGUCUCACAAAAGCCCCCUCCUGUUGCCAUCUGCUGAGGCGGCAACACUAUUUUUAAUUUAUUCCUGGAUUGGGUUGGCUGGAACUGGCUGACCAACAGCUGUAAAACAUACACUCGCCUUCAGCUAGUCGAAGUUGAAGCCCUUCGGGAUUCUUGAAACAGACCGCCCCUCCGUUGUUCUUCCACUUCUACCCAUCACCCUUUCUUUAGCCACUGCGAAAACAAAUUCCACCCAGAAAAUGUGUGGGAGGUUGCUCCCCCUGCUGGCUGUGGUCUUGAUGGCAACGCAUUUUCAUUCAAAUCUCAAUAAAGUUGAGUAUCUCAAUAAAGCAUGACUGCCCAGUC